AUGAAGGUGAAGAGGGCUGAACAGCCUGACAAGAAAGAAAGAGAGAAGGAGAAGAAAAAGGCGAUGGUGGAACAGAAGACGGACUACCACCCCUCCCGAGCUCUAGAUCGCCCGGGUUUAGGGGGUGCACAGGGAAGCCCGGUGAGUUACACUCCCCUCAAUGCUAGUCGAGCAGAGAUACUCUUGGCACUGGAGGACAAGAAUUAUUUGCGACGUCCUCCCCCACUGAAGUCUCCACCCAACACUAGAAGCAAAAAGAAGUAUUUUCGUUUCCACCACGACCACGGCCAUGAGACAGAGGAUUGCAUCCAAUUGAAAGAAAAGAUACAGAAGCUUAUCAACAAGGGUUACCUCCGGGAUUUCGUUAGUCGAGGAGGUGUGAACUCGGGCAGGGUAGAAUCCCAAUCGGAGCACAGAAGGAGGUCCCCUACUCGUGAUUUCCUUCGAGAACAAAGUCGAACACCGCCCCGGAGAGAAGGAAAACAGCCCGCCGAGGAGGGAGGACAGAAGUUUAUCUUAUACACAUUAGCAGCGGGAACAGUUCUAGGGCCUCACUCAACUGCUCCCAAGAGCGUGGUAAAGGAGAAAGUGGUCAUCACAUUCUCCGAAAAGGAUCUUCCGAGCUACCCCAACUAUUCAGAUCCGUUGGUGAUCACUGCUCAAGUAGGAGAGUGGGAGAUGAGGCGAAUCCUCGUGGACCCGGGUAGCUCUUCGGAGAUUCUUUACAAAAGGGCAUUCCUAGGGAUGGGGUUCACUCUCGAACAGUUGAGGCCAGUUCGUGUCCCCUUGGUUGGUUUUGAUGGAAUGGUGAUUCACUCUGAGGGGUUGAUCCGGCUACCCCUAACAGUUGGUAGUGGCUCUCAUAAAUCCCAGGUGACAUUGGAUUUUUUGGUCACUGAUGUGCCCUUGGCAUACAAUAUGAUCCUUGGUAGGUCUGGGCUUAGUGCCCUGAGGGCGGUACCAAGCACAUAUCACAUGGUGUUGAAAUUCCCUACUCCGGGAGGGAUUGGCAAGGUAAAAGGGGACCAACGGCAGGCUAGGGAAUGCUACGUAGCCUCUUGA